AUGGAGGUUCAUCCAACUAUUCUCCUUCUUCUUGUUUCUUGCUUUGUAACUGCUUCUUAUGCUCAUAAUGUCCACCUCUCAUCUCUUAACCAAUCCCUCAUUGUUACCACUUCGCCUAAAACAAACCAAGUUUUGAAGGCAGGGGAAGAUAACAUAACAAUCACAUGGACAUACAACACAAACCUCACGGCUUCCAUGCCAGACACCAACUACACCACGGUGGAAGCCAAACUAUGCUACGCACCCGUGAGCCAAACUGGACAUGAUGAUAGAAAAACCGACGACAACCUUGAUAUUGACAAGACUUGUCCGUUUGACAUCACGGACGGACCCUACAAACGCUCAAAUAACUCUUUCACAUGGUCCAUUCCAAAAGAUAUCCCGAAAGCCACCUAUUUUGUUAGGGUUUAUGCCGUAAAGGCAAAUAAACAUGAGAUUGCGUAUGGCCAGUCCACAGACACUCUUAAGACGACCAACUUGUUCCAGAUCGAUGGGGUGAUUAGCAACCAAAAGGUGUCGGCCUCGUCAUCAGUGGCUUGGAAUUAUUUCGUUUACUGCUAUGCAUUAAUGCUUCUUAUGAUGCUUUUGGUGUAA